AUGAACUUCGGAGGACAGCCUGACGUCAACAAGCUGUUGCUCUGCUGCUGCGGCUACGGCCAAGUGGCUGGCCGCUUCACUGCCGUGACCAGGGAACAAGCUCAAGAGAGCGCCGUGAUUGUCACUUCUGAGACUGGUGCACCUGAUGCCUGCCCCAAGGGGACCGGUAUCGUUGUAUUCGAGGCCCCUGAUGAUGCACGCAACGCCAUCCAGCAGUUCAAUGGCUACGACUGGGCAGGGCCGAUGUGGACGGCAGGCCCAUCCAUCCCAUAG